AUGCCUAACGGUGAUCAAGUCGCGGUGAAAAGACUCGCUGCGAUGUCCCGCGGGUCUUCCCACGAUCACGGCUUCAACGCGGAGAUUCAGACCUUGGGGAGGAUAAGACACAGACACAUCGUGAGGCUGCUCGGUUUCUGCUCUAACCACGAGACGAAUCUGCUUGUGUAUGAGUACAUGCCUAACGGUAGUCUCGGUGAGGUGUUGCACGGUAAGAAAGGAGGACACUUGCAUUGGGAUACGCGUUACAAGAUCGCUCUUGAGGCUUCGAAGGGACUCUGUUAUCUCCAUCAUGAUUGUUCUCCGCUGAUUGUUCAUAGAGAUGUUAAGUCAAACAACAUCCUUCUCGAUUCAAACUUCGAAGCUCAUGUCGCUGACUUUGGUCUCGCCAAGUUCUUACAAGACUCGGGUACUUGUGAAUGUAUGUCUGCAAUCGCUGGAUCUUACGGCUACAUAGCUCCAGAAUAUGCGUAUACGUUGAAGAUCGAAGUCAACGAUCACGGCAACAUGCCAAUCACAGAGCGAACUGCUCUUAUGUGGUCCCACUUAACUCCGCAAGUUCGUUUGAGUUCGGCAAGUUGUCUCAUGCUCACCAACGAGUUCACAUCAAGCUCUUUUUUCUUCAAGGAAAAAUUCAGCGACGUCAACACCUUGCUUCUUCACUCAAGCUCUCGAGACAAAUUGGCCAUAAGUGGCACAAGCUUCUCACCCCGUGACCACUGA